AUGACCACAACGGAUUCAGUGUAAAAAACAGUUAUGCUGACGACAUUAUUAAUUACAGGAGAUAGAAGAUCGAAUGCAGGAAUUCAGUUAGCAUUCUUCUUUGUUACAUUGGUCCGUCAGCAUAAUCACAUUGCUGGAAAAUUAUUAAAAUUCAAUCCUCAUUGGAAUGACGAGAGGAUUUAUCAAGAAGCAAGAAGAAUUUAUAUUGCAAUAAGUCAACAAAUUACGUACAACGAAUUUUUACCAAUUCUCCUAGGUAGAGUUAUAGACGGAAUAUUUAUCGUAAUCAGUAGGAAAAAUAAUUUCAACGCUAUUUCAGGAGAGGAAUACUCUUAUCAAAACAAAAUUGCAUACAACACUCCAAAUUACGUAAACGAUUAUAAUCCAACAGUGGAUGCUGGUGCUUUGAACGAAAUGGUUGCAGCAGUAAUGCGAUCUUUCCAUACCCUUCUUAAUGCAGAUUUCAACAUGAUAAAUGAAAAACGGGACCCACCGCAUGGAAAGGCAAUAGUGAAUAACGUCUUCAACAAUCCUACAAUUGUCGAGAAGGGCGACAACUACGAUUGUCUAAUGAGGGGUCUGGCUACACAACCCCAAGAAGGAGCCGAUCAGUACUAUGAUAAAAUGGUAACACAUAUUCAUAACAUUUCUUUUCUAAUUUUAAUGUUAAAAAUUAAAUCACAGUUUACAGCCGAAUUGUACCUUGGAGAAAAAGUAGUGAAAACUGAUGGUCGAGCAUUGGACAUUCAAAGAGGACGGGAUUAUGGGCUUGGUACUUAUAAUCAGUAUCGUGAAUUCUGUGGUUUACGACGGGGUGUACAAUGGGACGAUUUCCUAGAUUACAUUCCCCAAGAAGCCGUAAAGGAUAUGAAGAGUAUUUACGAGAGUCCAGAAGACGUCGAUUUAACAGUAGGAGGUUCAGUGGAGAAUCUCGCUCCAGGAGCACUGGUUGGACCAACUUUCCAAUGCUUACUAAAUAAACAAUAUUCUAGAUCAAGAAUUGGAGAUCGAUUUUUCUUCGAGAAUGGAAAUUAUGGAAAUCCAUUUACCUUAGAUCAACUUAACGAAAUUCGAAAAUACACUAUUUCAAGACUGAUUUGCGAUAAUACUAAUAUCGAAUCAAUGCAAAGGCGUGGAUUCGAGCAAAUUUCGAAACAAAAUCCGCUAGUGAGUUGCAAAUCAAUUCCGGAGAUCAAUUUAUCCCUUUGGAAGGAAUAAUUUAUUUGUAUAUAUAAUUAUUAAAGUGCUAAAUAAUUAUAAUGUAAAAAUUAAUAAUUUAUUAAUAGUCUAAUAUAUUAAAGAAUAAGAAUGCAAAAAAUAAUUAAACAUUAAAAACUAUGUAGUCUAUUUUCUUGUACAAUAAAAAUUUCUUAAAAAUUACUACUUGUUUUAUUUGACAUAACAGGUUUGCCUUUUUCAGGACCUGACGCUGUGCUUAGUAAGUUUUCCGCGCAGCUAUCUCGCGCAGAUGACUUGAGAGGGGGCAGAGCGUCAGUAGAUCUUUCCGAACCUGUAAAUUAGGUUUUUAUUGACAAAAAUAAUUUAAACUGUUACCAUAAUACUUACCACAGUAUUAUAAAAUUUUAUUUAUGAUAUUAUUAAACUUCCACUAUAAAAUUAUAAAAAGUAUACAGUACAGUUAAUAUUGUAUAGUUGCUAUUCUUAAAAAAAAUGCUUGCAUAAACUGGACGUAACAAACUAUUGCAAUGUGCGAAGAAAUAUUUUUAAACCUCCCUCUAUCUUUUAGCAAAUUUUAUUUAAAUUUCAAAAUAUUAUUUGAGUCUCCUUCAAAGUUAAUAUUUUCAGAUUA